UGUCUGACCGGUCAAAAGUUUUCUUUUUAUUUUAUUUUUUUUCCAUGAAAAGAAUGUAGAUGGCAAAUUUUGUCAAGCUCCGUGACCUGCAAGUCUUACAUUCUCGAUGUUUGUCAAAAUAGUAUUAUACGUUGGUUUUUACCUACUGCGGACGGUGGCACCGCCGGUUUUUGAUGGUAUAAUUGUAAGGCCGUCGGCGGGUGGUAGAUGCUUCGGUUGAUCCCUGCUCAAUUUUUACUCGGUAGUUAGUUAAUCUUAUGAUGUCGUCAUAAGACACUCAUAACUCAAUGCCCUAAUCUAUAAUAUUAACCAAUAAUUUAAGGAUAAUGAAGCUACAUUAAGAAAAUAGGAACUAAUGAAAAUAUAUUUAUAUAUAUACACGCAUAUUAAACCGGCAAAAAUCUUAACAAAGAAGCCUCGGGGCCCAGCAGGUUUUUUCUGAAACCCAGUGGGUGGGCCCGCCCACCCUGGCGUCGCAACCGGUCUUCCCUCGCUAUAAAACCUCCCCUAAACCGCGUGAGCCGGUCGUCCCCAAAUCUGGCCAGAGGAAUCCGAUGGACGGCAAUCGCGGUCCGACGUCGACCGCCGUGGUCUGCCUCCUUCCAUCGGAGCUCCUUCACGAGAUCUUCUGCCGCCUCGCCCUUCCGGAGGUCCUCCGCCUCAAAUCCGUCUCCAGGGCCCUCGGUUCCCUCAUCGCAGCCGACGAGUUCCGUCGCCUGUACGACCAUCGCUCCGGCCCUGGCGGCGGCUGGGUCUUCGUCUUCAAGAAGCGACCCCCGCGCGACUCCAUCCUCCGUGGCUUCAACGCCCGCUCCGGCCGCUGGUUCCAGAUCCCGGUCGCCGGGAUCCUCGCGCCGCCGGCCGUCCCGCCGGGGGAGGACCUUUACUUCCUCGCCGCCUCCGGGGACUUCUUCCUAUUCGCCUCCAACGGCCGCCGGGAGCUCGUCGCCGUCAACAUCGCCACCCGCGCCGUGCGGCGGAUCCCGGCGAGCCCUCUCGGGCCACGUGGCACGUCAUCGUGGCGGCGGUCGGGUUUGAAGCUGGUCUCCGACCCCUCCGGCUCGGACCGCUUCCGGUUUCUCUUCGCCGAGAUGGAGCAGGACCGUCCCUUUCUCUUCGAAUACUGCUCGGAAACCGACGCGUGGCAUUCUCACGAGGCGAGAUCGGCUGAUGGGGAACCGGCACGUGUCCCGAGAGAGGGGAGGAUAUGCCUGAGCGCGGUCCACUUUGGAAGCGAGAGCGUGCUGUUAUCCGCGGGCGGGAGAAGUGAUGGGCCGGUGGUGUUCCGGCCGAGGUUCCCGGCAGGGUUGGGACCGAUGACAGGCGAUCGGCUGCACGUGUACGGCGACGGGAAUGUGGCGGUGAUCAGAUCGAGGGCGAUUGAUGAGGGAGGGAGAGUGAGGGUGAGGGUAGUGACGGGGGUGGAGUUGUGGGGGAUGAGGUUAGAUGGGAGGGAGUGGGAGUUGGUGUCGAGGGUUGCAGAAGAGGUGAUAGAGGGGAUUAGGAAGCCAUAUGGGGUGAUGAUGGGAUGUUUGGUGGAGAGGGAUGGCGUGGUUAGGUUGGUGUUGAUGUCAAACUGUAAGGGGUUGUGGGACAUAGUAUGGCUCUCCUAUGAUAGGUUUGGGAAGGAGUGGGCUUGGGUCCCCGUGCCUGAUUGUGGAACCAAAGGCCUCAACAUGGCCGGCAUUGCCUUCUCCACUACCUUCUCCAAAUUAUGGCCUUCCCCACCCCACUACGGGCUACCGAUCUAAUUUCAAUUCAAAUACACCACUUCGCACUCUGAAUUUUAUUGCAAGCAGUGGUUAUGAGUUGGUUUGCGACACAAUGGACAUCCGGUAUGAUUGGAAAUCAUUAACAAUUUGCGAUGAAUGACCUUUUUUUCUUUUUUUGCCCUCCAAAA